ACAGCAUGAUAAUAUGUGUACAAAAGCUACGUGCCUACUCGCACCGUGUGUAUAGGAUCCGCCAUUACUCUGUGGAAUUUUUGAAGCAGGUGGAACAGUAUCUCGAGAAAACCUCCGAUUUAUUUCAACUCGUGCUCGGAAAAUACGCCCCGGAAUGGCAGAAAACAGUAAUUACGACGAGCAGGGGAUUAACGAUGCUGCAGAGGAGGAUAUGCAGGCUCCAACCUCGCCGGAUAUGAACGAUGAAGAGGAGGCCACGGGCCAGGAAUUGCCGGAGUCCGACAGUGGCCCGCCGGCCCCGGCCCCGGCCGACCAAACGGACGCCGCAGCGGGCGGUGACGACUCGGCCAAUGUUGAACCACCUACAGAGGAAACCAAAGUCAUUAAAGUCUUAAAACCCGAAGACCAGAUCAGAUUAUAUGUGUGGGCGGGAGACGACCUGAAAUGUCUUGGUGAUGACGUCCACUGCCAACAGAUCUACAUGAUCCUAUCCCUCAAGAGUGAAGUCAACGAAAUGGCCAAGUUUCAAGUCAUCACAGAAAACAUCAACAUCAAAAAGUCACAGGAGUUUGACCAACUAGCUGUAAACAAACUUCCCUGUCUUGUGGACCCUGUCGGUGACCGAGUCAUCUCAGACGUACAAACCAUCGUUGACUACUUGGAACAGGUCUUCAAAGAGCCAUGCCUCAAACCCAAGAAGACGAGUCUGCAACAGGUCGGCAUUGAUCUCUACAGGAAGUUCACAGGGUAUUUGAAAAACACAAAUCCUAACAAAGAGGAUGAGAUGAGAAGCGCCCUGAACAGAGAACUGGAGAAACUGAACAAGGCGUUGAAGGACGGCGGCGAGCAUAGGUUCCUAGAUGGGGACCAUCUGACGCAACCAGACCUCCGAUUGCUGCCUAGACUCCAUCAUGUAGUGGUAGCAGGCAAGAUCUUCAAGGGUUAUGAAAUCCCAGAGGACGAGGACAAAUACGGCCGACUGAAGCAGUACCUGGAAAACUGGAAGCAGACGCAAGUCUACCAAGAGACCAAGUAUUCCGACAAGGAUAUGGAAUAUGGCUGGUAUAAGACGAGAGGGUUGGAUCGUAUGUACAUCAAGGUCAAAGGAGGCUACAAACUCAAGUAACUCCCAGGCAAGCCCAAACCCUUCCCUUCGUCUUCUGUCCAAGGAAAUAUGUGACCAGCUCUAGUCAAAUCAGUUUGAACGUUUUACUUUUAAACUCACAGCUUUGAGUUUUGAAAUAAAUGAGCGAAAAACAGAAAGAUGACCAUGCAUUAUUGAGAAAUUUUGAACCCUCUACUUGCAACCAGGGUUACAAAACUGACACACUUUUGAAUUCUCGGAAAACUAAUUUUUACUUUUGAAUGCUUGGAAAACUGAUUAAAAGUUUAUUUUGGAAGUUUGUAUUUGAUGGUAAGAUAAAAAUAGUUUUGGUUCAUAUGACCCUUGACCUCUGUAUUCUUUGCCCCCUGAUUUUUUACGGAGCUGGUCACAUUUCCGUUGCUUUGUUUUUUGUCGAUGGGUUGUUUAUGUACAUUGUAAAUUACCUAAAAAGUUUCAAAUUUUUAUUGCCAGGAAACGUCAAUAUCGAUGCUAUUUGAAUUUAAAGGCCUGUCCAAAUUAUUUUAAGGUUUUGAGGCAAAAUGUUCACUGGAAUUUUUCUUCGGUCACGGUUGAGGUCUUUUAUUUUAGCUUCCGAUUGUUCAAAACUGAUUGCAAAUCGAAUCAGACUUUUUGUUGCACAAUUUGUGUUUCUUGUCAAAAAUUAGUCCUUGAUAAUAUUCAUGCUGGAUAAUUUUGAAUUGAGACUGUCCUAUCUUUCUUUUGGUUUUGACUUGUAAUUAUGACAAAUUUAACCCUGAAAUAAUCAAUAUGUAAAUGUCCAAUCCCUUGUUAUACACUUUAUUAGGAAAAUAAUGGCCAAUAAGUUUAAAGUUUAACCUAACAGUUCCAGAACUUUCUAUAAAACUAAAAAUUCUAGCUUCCUUUGUUAUGGUUUGGAGUCCCACCUUCCUUGUAUGUUUUCCAAUUCCAUAAAGGUCAUGUAUGACAGAACCAGACUAAAGGUAUGUUUUUGUUUUAGCAUAUACAUGUACAUGUACACUGAGAAGCGAAAUAGGUUACUUUAAUACUGAAAGAUGAAGUUCGCUUAUCAUUUGAAAUGCUGAAAAUUUGAAUAAAAAUAGUUUCUGUACAUAUUUUUACUUCAAACAUAAACAAGCAAGCAAACUUAUGUCUUUUUUUCUUAUUAUUUGACAAAUGAGUCUUUAUUUGUCAAUAAAUUUUGCAAUUUUUGUGUAAUUUAUGCAAAAGCCAAGUACAUUUCAUUGGACCAAAAAUGCAUGCAUGCAGCCAAGUAGUGGGAAGCAGAUUUCAUCACAUUUUAGUUUCACUAGACUGGCCAAGUCCGCCCAGCACACUUCUGAAAUGUUUUGACCACUUUUGUACACUAAUUCACCGUUGUGCUUUAUUUAGCAAAACUGUUUUAUAGAUGUUUCACUUGACUGUAGUUUGUGGACUAUGAUUCUAAACGCGUCUUACACACAAUGUUGGAGGUUGCAGGCCCUAAGGUAAUCUUAUACCUUAGAUAGUUGAUUUUUGUAUUUGGGCAUUUUUUGAGAUCAGGUUUAAGGGAAGGACUGAAUGACAUGUGUAAAACAGACCAAACCUUGUUAUCUUGGUGCUUGGAAUUUAUAAGUUUAAUUUUUUUUUCUUUCUUGUGACUUAAAUACCAUUUUAGCCCAAUGGUUUUUGUUUCGUUGCUUGCGUUUAUCUAACUAACAUCUAAGCAUUGUAAAUUUUUGCUGACCAAAAAAAGUGAAUCCCCAAUAAUGAUGGAUAAUAGAAGUUUUAAAAAUGAAGGAAAAAGGCAAAAUACCGUUGAAGUUGGACACUUUCAAGCCACUGAAAUCUGAGGAAUUCCAAAUAUUUCAGAUAUUAAAAUUCGUAUAAAUCCCUGGAUUUAAAAAAGAAAUGAUGGUCACCCACAUGACACUUUAAUUUAUCAUGGAAAUAACUAGAUAUUUUGUGGAGUUUUAAGAAAAAUGUAGCAACAUGUACACAUUUGUUUUGGUUUUUUUUGUGAUUUUGUUUUAGCUUAUUUUGCUGCCAUAGUUACAUGUAUUAAUUAAUAAGAUUUUGUGAAUAUUACAUGAAAUCACUCUUAGUGAGGUUAACAUAGUAUUCAGUAGAUAAUUAAAUUUUUACUUCGGAGUAAAUUAAUUUCUAGGUAGCGAUGUGUACAACAGAACACUUUAUUUGUUUAAAAAUGUGUCAAGUAUUCUCAUAAAAAAAUGAGUAAUUUUUUUUUUAUAUAUAUAAUAUAACGUGCAUGUAUGUGUUUGACAUAUGAACUUGAGAAUGAUCGCAACAUGAAGUGUACACUAAACAAUUGAGCCGCUAAAUAUUGGUCUCUCCAUUGCAUGGUGUGUUACCCACAUGUACACGUGCCUUCAUAAAGUUGAUAUUGUAGGAAGAAAAAAAAACUAGAACCUUCCUUGGGAAAGUCAAAGGUUGACCCUGGGAACAGACGUCUAAAUAUAAACUACAAUUCAUCAUAGACUUGCUAUGCAUUGACAUCACACAAUAAGAUAUCCUUCCUCUGCCCACACACAAACCCCCAGAAUUGUAUCUAUGAGGUGUUACAAGGAAAUGGUUUGGCUGAUUUUCUCUCCAAAAUAUUCAUUCUAGAAAUUCAAAUUCAUUUGAAACACAGAAAAAAUACAGAUGGGUUAUGCAUGUCAUCACAUGUAUACACCUGUACUUAAAUGAUAUCAUAAGCUUCUCUAACUUCAGUAAAAAAACAUUCAAACCCGAAACUUAAAAUAUGCUAAAUAUUUGAGGAUUUGCAGACACGUAUUGUUGUGGGUGUUGAGUCAUAGAUUUAAUUACAUUACAUUUCAUAAUGCUGACCAGACACUGGGAAGGUUAGACUACUUGGUUUCAUCCAUUUAACGUUCUACUUGAAAUUUUGGCUAAUCCAGAUCAUAAAAUGAAUCUUCAAAUCAUUUACUUUAAUGUUACGCAUUUGUUUUUCUGCUUUUGUUGCUUCAAAUGACCUUUUUUGUCCAUUGUCCCUGACAUACAGAUAUCUGAGGCAUGAAACCCACAACGGAAAUCUGUGGGUGGUUUUCUGAUGUAGAUUCCAUGGGAGGUGUUCAGUUUUGUUCUUUUGUUGUAUAGCUGAAAGACUAUUGUACCUGAAUGAAUCAUCAUUUAGAUCUCAGCACUUUUCAUUGUACAUGACAUACUUUUAUCACUGAAUUGCUGGCAAUUUGCAGAUGAGAGGUUAAAUUACACAUACAUUUCUUUUAAAUUUUUUUCAGAAUUUUUUUUUCACAUUUUUUUUCCAGAUUGUGCAGAAUGAUGAAUAUCUUUCAGAAUUCUUUUAAUUUAAACGGUUGCGAAUUUUAUUGGAAAUGACCGAAUGUUAAGUUUCUUUUUAUUUAUAAUCUCAAUCUCUCUAACCUACAUUGGAUAUAUUUUUGUUUCAGCUGUUCUAGAACUUAUAAAUAGGUUACUGGCCAAAGUUUAACGUUUUAAAGUAGACAUUAUGUUUCGUUUUAUCUUCUCCUGUUUGUUCAAGUGAUUACGACCCCACCCCUAUUUGCUUUGUGUUAUCGCUCUUGCUGAUCAUCAUAAUGUUUUAAAUGAACACACUUGUUACUGGCCUGCACUUAAUUGUAAUGUAGUCAAGAAAUAACACGACAAAUCGGUCAAUUAAUUUCUUAAAAAACAAUUUCUUUUCUUUGUUCUAUUUUGUGGUAAAAGUGUCUUUUUACUUAUUUUGAUUCAAGUCGGCUUACUGAACUAUCAUCCUUCUAUUGUUGAGGCCUGCUCAUUUUACACUAGUUUUGAAAUAAGGAAGCAUUUAAGUAUACAAUUGAAAAUGUACUUUGCAAAACUUGAAAGGAAAAGUGCAACCAGAAAACUGGUAAGCUCUGUAAAUAAACAACUGAAAAGAUCUAGAACCCUA